CGCACAUGUCGCUGCGACAUCUGUCAGUCGGGAAAACCUGAAACGUCAAAAGUGGAAAUGGGCGACAACGUGGUUGAAAAUCUUGAAAAUUUAAACAUAGACGAAAAGGCCAAACUGAAGAAAAUGAAGCAAGCACCAGCAGAGAAGUCUUCAGUGAGUGAAUUGAAACCCUGGCCCUCAUUUAUCCAAGACAGACUCACUUUGUGGGAUAAACUUAAAGCGGAAAGAGAGGCCGAAAUCGCAGGGAAACCACAAACACCCAUUAAAGUGACCCUUCCAGAUGGUAAAGUCGUGGAAGCUGUUGCUUGGAAGACCACAGCAUAUGACGUUGCAAAGGGCAUAAGUCAGGGUUUGGCUGACAACUGUGUGAUCUCAAAAGUAAAUGAUGUCCUUUGGGACUUGGACCGCCCUCUGGAAAGUGAUUGUAAAUUAGAGCUACUGAAGUUCGACAAUACAGAGGCCCAAUCAGUAUUCUGGCACUCCACUGCGCACAUUCUGGGAGAAGCUUUAGAAAGAGUGUAUGGGGGCUGCCUUUGUUAUGGCCCUCCCAUAGAAUCAGGGUUUUAUUACGACAUGUACUUAGAGGAGAAAGGGAUUUCCGCUGGCGAUUUCCCAUCCCUUGAAAACCUAAUGAAGUCAAUAGUCAAAGAAAAACAGCCGUUUGAACGUUUGGAGCUGAAAAAAGAAGAUCUUCUUGAAAUGUUCAAGUACAAUCCAUUCAAAGUGAGAAUUUUGAAUGAGAAAGUUGACACUCCGACUACUACUGUAUAUAGGUGUGGGCCGUUGAUUGAUUUGUGUAGAGGCCCCCAUGUGAGACACACUGGCAAGAUUAAAGCUUUAAAAGUCACUAAAAAUUCUUCUACCUACUGGGAAGGCAAAUCUGACGCUGAAACUCUCCAGCGUGUUUAUGGUAUUAGUUUUCCUGAUAACAAACAGUUGAAGGAAUGGGAGAAGUUUCAAGAAGAGGCUGCUAAACGCGAUCAUAGAAAAAUUGGAAAAGAACAAGAGCUGUUCUUCUUCCAUGAGCUUUCCCCUGGAUCUUGCUUUUUCCAGCCACGAGGAGCUCAUAUUUAUAACACUUUAGUUGAAUUUAUUAGAAAAGAGUAUCGGAAGCGUGGAUUCCAAGAGGUGGUGUCUCCUAACAUAUACAACGCCAAGCUGUGGCAGGUUUCAGGACAUUGGGCGCACUACGCCGACAACAUGUUCUCUUUCGACGUCGAAAAAGACAAAUUCGCCCUCAAACCCAUGAAUUGCCCCGGCCACUGCUUGAUCUUCGACAACCGCACCCGCUCCUGGCGAGAGCUGCCGCUGCGUCUGGCCGAUUUCGGCGUCCUGCACCGGAACGAACUCUCUGGGGCCCUCACCGGUCUCACCAGAGUGCGGAGAUUCCAGCAGGACGACGCCCACAUCUUCUGCGCCCUUGAACACAUCAAAGACGAAAUCAAAGGCGCGCUGGAAUUCCUGAACCACGUUUACGGGGUUUUCGGUUUUACUUUCAACAUGGUCUUGUCGACCCGGCCCGAGAAGUACCUAGGCGACAUCGAGAUGUGGAACGAGGCCGAGAAGGCGCUGAGUGACGGGUUGGACGCUUUCGGGGCUCCGUGGACCCUGAAUCCGGGAGAUGGCGCUUUCUACGGGCCUAAGAUAGAUAUCACGGUGAUGGACGCGCUGAAGCGGUCGCACCAGUGUGGUACAAUCCAGCUGGAUUUCCAGUUGCCCAUUAGGUUCAAUUUGUCGUUUGUGAGCGAGAGUGGGGAGAAGAAGAGGCCAGUUAUCAUACACAGGGCGAUUUUAGGGUCAGUGGAGAGGAUGAUUGCGAUCUUGACCGAGUCGUGUGGAGGGAAAUGGCCGUUUUGGUUGUCACCAAGGCAGGCUAUGGUGAUUCCAGUGGGACCUACGUAUGACGAGUAUGCGCAGCACGUUCAAAAGAAGUUGCACGAAGCUGGGUUUAUGGCUGAGGUAGACACUGACGCUGGAGAUACCAUGAAUAAGAAAAUCAGGAACGCGCAGUUGGCGCAGUUCAAUUUUAUUCUGGUGGUGGGUGAGAAGGAGCGCAGUAGUAAUACCGUGAACGUGAGAACCCGCGACAAUGUCGUCCAUGGUGAAAUAGCAGUCGACGGCCUCGUCGACAAGUUCAAGGUUUUGCAAGAAAACUACAGUAAAGGAGAAGAUAGUUUUUAAAUUUCAUUCCUCGGCUUUCGCUUUCCUAUUUAUUUUAAAUUAUGAACACAGUCAGUCGCUUACCAGUGUUUCGUGUUAACUUUUAUAUUGAUUUGUGAUUAUGUAAGAAGAAAUAAAGAUAAGUUGAAUUCGAA